GCGUUCUCAGCGGGGCGAGAAUAACACCUAAUCAUUUUACUGUGAAGGUGCGAAAGUUAGAAGCAGGGCGAUCAUUUCACGAUACAAAUCAGAUGCGUUUGCAAAGUGGGAAUGGUGGCUCACGUGAUCACACAUUUCAGAGGCUAUAUUAAGAACCUGAUUCGAAAAGGACUCUUAUGCAACAAUGCAAAGUAGAACCGCUGGGAGGAGGCGUAAAAAAGAAGAAAACCGCUUGAGAUGCUGAAUAGAGUUAGACGACCAAGCAAGAGGGAAGUUUAGAAAUGUCAAAUCCUUAGUCGGUAAUAGAGUGCGACUCACGCAGCCAAUCAGUUGGCUGGAGUCAGCUCAGCCUCCGUUGGAGUUGUUUGGAGCCCGAGCCUCGGUGAGAUACUGUGCGUAAAAUCUGCCUUAAACGCAGCAGCGGCACUGUCACAGCAUCCAGAGUCCAUUCUCACACACACGGACUUACUUCCGUUUGAAGGGGAGCCGCAUGUUGUUGCUACGAUGGCAGUUUUGCGAAAACUGUUAAUGUGAAGUGGGAAGGUGGGUCCACUGCUCCGUCUACAUCGACUCAGUUGCGUCGAGGAAUGAUGCUGAGCAAACCUGCCGGAGGAUUUUCAACUACAGCUGCCAGACUGCCCGAUAUUCUCUGGACUCCAUCCUUUGAUCCACAAGACGUUUGAACCAGCCCUCAGUCAUGGAGAGCCUCAGCGAGCUCCAGAACCCCCUGCUGGACAAAACCAGCAGUCAUGCAGUUCCUAACGACUACCAGGGCUACCAGUGUGACUACCCGAGCCAGCCUUAUCAGGACAGCCUAAUUGGCUACUACUGCACUGGGGCCAAUGGCAAACAUAAGGCUCAGCAAUUCUUGGAUGCCACCUCUCUCCAUUUGGCAGUGGAGGCCUUCUACAGGCCCAACUUCAUCCUGUGCAAGGACGACAUCAGCCUUCAUAGCAAGGACUCGAAAAGCGAGAGCUUUGAGACCACUUUCACAGAGAGUAAGGCGUCAGAUGGCGUUUCCACGGAAAACACAGUGGAUAGCGCGCAAGAGGAGAAGGAUGCCAAGAUACAGACAGUAUCCUAUGAGGUGGAGGAGGAGCAGCAAGGUCCUGAGUAUGAGAGUGACAGCUCCAGUGACAGUGAGAGUGAGGACAACUUCAUCGUGCUGCCCCCUCGGGACUACUUGGGCCUCGCCAUCUUCUCCAUGCUCUGCUGCUUCUGGCCCUUGGGCAUCGUUGCCUUUUACUACUCUCACAAGACUGGCAAGGCCGUUGCAAAGGGAGACUUCUCCAGAGCAGGGAUGAGCUCCAGAAGAGCCCUAUUCCUGGCUGCACUUUCCAUUACCAUUGGAACAGGGAUGUAUGUGGGGGUGGUUGUGGCCCUCAUAGCCUACCUGUCCAAGCCUGGACAUGUAUAGCACUAGGACCACAUGCUUGGAGGGUGGAGACGGUAGACAUAAAGAUGAAAGGAAGGGAAAGGAUGGACAGAUAUUUGCCUCUCCUGAAGGUGUGCGUCAUUGUCGAAGCUGGCUCUGCAAAUGCAGAAGCUAUAUGAAGAGAAAAAACAGAAGGAGAGCAAGAGAAGAAAAUAUGUGUGGAUGGAGUAUUACUUGGACAGCAUAUUGAUCUGGAUUGAAUCUUUAUUUCUGGAAUGCAACACUCCCGAUCCCUCUAAUAAAACACAAAAAGACAGUGCUGAGAAAGAUGACUACUCUUCCACAAAGACUGUGCUACACUUAUCUAAGAAAAAAAUGAACUCAUAGAGUAUGACGCUACCUACCUUUUAUCACAUUAAUCAUUCACAGCAUUUUUAUUUGACUUUUACAUUCAGUGUAUUAUCUGUCCUUACUGUUGCAGAUUGUGUAUUAUUCUCUUUGUAAAUGAAUUUCUUGGAAAAACAGUCAGCCAAUGGAUUUCUGGGUGAUUGUUCAUUAAAGGAAUACUCGAAAGGGGUCCAGUUAGUAAGACGUGAUAAGUGGACCCCUGACAGAAAGACAACAAAUGUGUCAAGUGUACACAAAGAUGCCAAGCAGUGGACUAGAAAUUUAUUAGUGUCUAUUGUGUACUGUAAAUUUAGUCAAUAAAUACAUUUG